AUGACUACUGCUAUCGACGUGGAAGAAGACGCCGAUGAAGAGACAGCCGCAGCUAAGGUGCUCGACCGUGUCAAGAUCAUGCGUGUCUUUGACUUUGUGGGCGUGAUCGAAGCUAUAGGUGAGAUUAGGGAUGAGCUCGAAAGACCACAAGCGGUACCUGCCGAGUCGUCACCUAUGCCGAGAGAACCGGGUAUGAGACGGACAGUAAGUAAGAUUGGAGACAGCGAAGAUGAGGACGAGGAGGAUAUGCUAUUUGACAGCGCGGCGGAGGCGCCAGAGCCGGCUCUAUCGCCGCACGUAGAGCCUGUCACAGAAACGGUGUCAGAGGCUCCCCCGGAGCGCAUCUCAUCCGAAGAAAGCGGUCCAUCCAACGGAAAAACAGGCAUGAUCAUCAUAGACAACAUCACCCACGUCCUGUCUCCCCUGAUGAAAACCGACUAUGUACAAGCACACACCCUCCUAACCACCUCCCUCCGCUCCCUAACCCACCUAACACGCACCCACUCCAUCUGUACCGUGCUGGUAAACGGCGCGAUAACUCCUCGUCCCACUCCUGGCGGAGGGCCCGUCGAACCCCCUGUCCAAGGCCCAAAUGCAGAGCCUGGUAGCGAGCAACCACAGGCACGGGCACUGCAUAGGGCAGAGCCUGAACCCCACCCCUCGAUCUUCGCCUCAAACACGGCGCGGCCGGCGUUGGGCCGCACGUUCCCGUUCCUGGUCGAUGUGCAUGUUUUUGUGAGCUGUUUGCCGAAGGGGAGGAGGGAUGCGGCUGUUGUGUAUGGUGGCGGUGGUGGAGGAGGGAGGAGGGCGGAGAUGGCGGAAAUGGUCAAUGCGGUCGAGGUACUGACGGACCGAUUUGGGGAGAGGGUGGGGAGGUGGGGGGCGUUUAGGGUGGGGGAUGAGGGUGUGGAGGUUAGGGGUGUGUUUUGA